GCAGAGGAAAAAAAAAUAUAUAUAUAUAUUUUGGCUUUAAAAGCAGAAGAGCUCGAUCUCAAAGCUAGACUAAAAUUUGGAAACAAUGGCAAUUACUAGCAUUGCAAUAGGAUCUCCGGCGGAGGCUAGCCAACCAGAUGCCCUGAAGGCAGCUCUUGCAGAGUUCAUUUCAAUGCUCAUUUUUGUUUUUGCCGGUGAAGGCUCUGGCAUGGCAUUCAACAAGCUGACCGAUAAUGGGUCAACAACACCGGCCGGCCUAGUAGCAGCCUCUCUGGCUCACGGAUUUGCACUGUUCGUGGCGGUUUCAGUAGGUGCUAAUAUUUCCGGUGGGCAUGUAAACCCUGCUGUUACUUUUGGUGCCUUUGUUGGUGGCCACAUAACAUUGAUCAGAAGUGUUCUCUACUGGGUUGCUCAAUUGCUUGGUUCUGUGGUUGCCUGCCUGCUUCUUAAGUUUGCUACUGGUGGAUGGGAAACAUCUGCUUUUGCCCUAUCAUCUGGAGUUGGUGCAGGGAAUGCACUUGUUUUCGAGAUUGUCAUGACCUUUGGUUUGGUGUACACUGUAUAUGCAACAGCCGUAGACCCAAAGAAGGGUGACAUAGGGAUCAUUGCACCCAUUGCAAUUGGCUUCAUCGUGGGUGCCAAUAUCUUGGCUGGUGGUGCCUUCGAUGGUGCAUCCAUGAACCCAGCAGUCUCAUUUGGGCCAGCAGUGGUCAGCUGGACAUGGGAUAACCACUGGGUCUACUGGUUAGGUCCAUUCCUCGGCGCUGGCAUUGCUGCCGUUGUUUAUGAGGUCUUCUUCAUCAGCCCAAGUACGCAUGAACAGUUUCCCUCUGCAGAUUUUUAAGAAUUCUUCAGAGAGAAAAGGUUGAAAGUUGGGUGGAUCUCUUACUUUGGUUUGAUUGUUGUGCUGUUGGUGUUGUUUGUAUGUGGUUCAAGUAAUUCUUGUCAACUGUUGAUUCCUGUAACCUUGUUUAAUUUCUCUUUAGAUUCUCCAAUCAGUUAAAUUUUGUUCUCUUUCACAUGUCCAUUUCCUAAUCCCAACAAUUCCUCCGCUCCUUUCUUUUGCUCUCC